UGAAUUGUUUCUCAUCCAGUCUGAUCAUACACAAUUAUUUCAACGCAAGGGUCAACCUUACAACAAACCAGAUCAGAUGAACUGUUUUUGUUCAAAAGAAAAAGCAAAAUACUACUGCCAGGAAUGCAGACAUUACUUGUGCUCUAGUUGUAGUGACUAUCACAAAAUAUUGCCAAUGUCAGCAAAUCACAAGCUACAUUCAGUGGAGGAUAUGCGGUCAAUGACGCCAUUUAAGAUUGCAUCGUUACAUCAUCGACUGUGUAAUCUUCACAACGAACCUUUAAAUUGGUUCUGCUGCAAAUGUAAUAUUCCUAUAUGUAUGCACUGCACUAUUUCUGACCACAAUUCACAGCAAGGGAAUCACAAACCAAUCAGCAUUUCUAAAGCUUUUCAAACAUUUAAAGAAACUGCAGAAGAACUGGAGAAAACAGCCAAUGACUGCGAAAGCAAAUUACAAGACAGCCUUAAAGCAAUUAUUCAAAAUGCUAAAAAAUUAGAACAAAGUAAAGAUAAAAGUUUAAGCGAUAUUGAUAAUCAUGUGCAAGAAAUAGUCAAGAAAGUCAAAGAGAAUGGAAACAAAAUUAAAAAUAAAGUGGAGACACUCUACAAAAGAAAAAAGAAGGUAACUGAUGUACAAAUAGAUGAACUGAAAACAACAAUAUCUGAUAUGAAUACAAAAAUAAGUUUCCUCAGUCAGUUAUUGGAGAGUGAUGAAGUAACAGCAAUGGAAUCAAGUGGAAGAGUAAUUACAGCACUGAAGGACAGAAUCAAUGAAUUUCCAAAAGCAGAGCCAGAUGAUUAUGGAGAAAUUACAUUCUUUAUAAACAAACAGCAAAUGGUUUCAUUGCAACAAUGUGAUAUUGGGAAUGUAACAGAAAUGAGGGCAGCAAACUCUUUAACAUUAAAAGGAGAGGAAUCUGUGAUUCAAGGUAAGAAAUUUGUUGUCAAAGUAAUGAAAACAGAUGAAUGUGAAAUACAUGCAAACCAACUGAAGGCAACAUGGACACAGCCUACAGGAGAAACAAACAUCACUCAAGUUGAAGAAGAUGACAAUGGAGAUUUUUUUGCGACAGGAACAUGCACAAGUCCAGGUGUUUGUAAACUAGAUGUGAGUGCUGAUGGUAAACCUAUCAAGCAGUCACCAAUGGAAAUCAAAGUAGAGAAGGUAGGACUAGUAAAUAGUAUUCAAAUACAUAACAAUGGAGAAAUUGGUGAUGUAGUUGUAUGUGAAGAUAAUUGCUUGCUGGUGUCAAAUUUGACAAAUGUAAUUCGAAAGUACAAGCUAUCAGGAAAACCCACUCUUGCGGUCGUACUACCACAAGGUGUAAAAGUUUACAGAAUGUUCAAAAUGGAGAAUAGUAAGAUAGCAUUCACUGACUCUGGUAAUAACGACAUCAAAAUAUGCAAUAUGAAUGGAACAGUGAUUAAAUCAAUUCGUCUGGAUAAGUUAAAGCACCAGGCUGGUAUAUAUGUUGAUGAGGCAUCAAAUAUGUUAUAUGUAACACAGAGCAGAGUUGAUACUUAUACUUUUAAUUUUGUAAGUGUUUUCAUGCUUGACAUUGAUACUGGCAAAAUUAUCAGAAAGAUAGGGGGAUUAUCGUACAAUGAAUGUCAAAUGAAUGGAGUCAAAGAUGCAAUUGAUAUUUCAAUUUCCAAGCAAGGACAACUUCUUGUAUUGGAGACUUGCAAAGGAUUACAAACAUUUAAUAUUGAGAGAGAGUUCAUGAAAGUUCUUGUGGGAGAAGGUGAUAAGAAUGGCAUGGUGAAAUAUCCAUCUGGUGUAGUAGUUGAUGAGGAUGACAACAUUAUUAUAUCAAGCUGUCACAAACUACAGUUAUUCAGUAGUGAUGGAAACUUUAUAAAGAGAAUUGAUAAACCAGAAGAUAGCAUAAAAUAUCCUCGUGGACUAUCCAUCAUUCAUCCAAGGAGAGUUGCAGUAGCAAAUAAUGGUGACAAGACUGUAAAAAUUUUCAAUUAUUAAAGUAUUUGAUAUUCUGCUGUGUUUUUUUUUUUGUUGCUUUUAUUUCAAAUCAUUUAAUUCAAAAUAUAGGUAUUCCCUGUCAUAAAGGGCUAGUGCCCCCCCACCCCACUUCUGGGAGAAAAACCACAAUUCGUUGGGGCAAAAAAAAAAAAAAUGUUUACACUGAUUACUUAAUAUUAAUAAGCAUUUUGAAACCCCUAAUUUGACAUAGUUUAUGGGAGCUUACACCCUGAACCACAAGUAUUUAUAAAAGAUUCAAGGUUCAAUAUAUUCGGUCAUAUAAAUAUUAUAUGAAAUAUCCUUUUUUUUUAAAAUUUUGCCACUGGGAUCUAGCCAGGCUAAACGGCUUGAAACCGCAUGAAAACUGACCCUUUUAGACAUGUUUUUUUUUAAUGCUUUCACUGUUAAUGUUCCGCUGAUUUUUUGGCCGUUUCGGUAGCGUGUCCACAAUUUAUUUAAUAAUGUUAUUUUUUUUAUAAUUUCUAAAUCAGCAUUGCUUUAUUGGAAUCUUUAUUACUGUGAUCGUAUCUGAAUACCUUCUGUGUAUUAAGGUUGUCUGGUGACCUGAAGCAAACUAAUAUGGUCGGCUUUUAAAAAAACAGCCUUCAUUCACAAACGCCUGACCUUCAUGGCCGUUUCACUAUCAAAAAGAGAAUACAUCAAACUUUCUUGUCAUCUAGAAAUUAAUUUCACAUAGGCUUACUUUUUCGUUGGAAUGCCCACUUAUUAUAUAGAGGAAGGUAUUCUAAUUCUAGCAAUAUGUUGAUGAAAAACUGUGAUUUCUCAGCCAAUAUUUGUCCGAAUGACAUGAUUUUUGUUUUAGAGGUAUAAAUAAUAAUUUCUUUAUUACAAUGAAAAUAUUAAUUACCAUAAAUUUCAGUAAUUAAUAGUUUUAAAACAUUGAACUAAUUAUUUUCAAUGGUUAGAUUCCAGGCUUGCUGACCUUAGUGUGGUCUUAGGGAGACCACACUAAGUGUGGUCUUAGGGAGACCAUUAUACUGUAGAGGUCCUAUAGAAAAAAGUGCUAAUGAAAGUUCUAAUGAAUUUAUGCUAUUCAAGGUAAUUCCUAUUCAUUGCUUGAUUAUAUUAUACUGUGGUUUAUGCUUUGUAUAGUUUAUUCUACUAUGAAAUCAUAUAUUCUUUCUACUUGUUAAUGAAUGUGAUUUGGAGAGUAUCACCUCUAGUUAAGUGGUAUGGUCGAAUAGGUAAUAAAAUGGAUUCAUUACAAGUGAGAAAUUCAAUCCCUUGGUUUAUGCAAAGGCCUAAACACAGUCCAGAAUCCCCGAAACAAAUUGUAAUGUCAUUUUAUAUGUGAAAGUUUUAAAGGUGAAAGCAUUGGCUUAUUUUAUAUGUAUUUAUAUUAUUGUAAGCAUGCACUUUUUAAAUAUUUCUCUUAUUGAUGUCAUUUUAACAUUAUUACUCCUUACAAUUUUUACCUUUCUUCUUAUUUCAUUAUAUUUGUUGAAUUUUAAUUCAAAUUUGUAAGGUGAAAGCAUUUGCUUUUUAUUUGUAUUUGAAUUGUUGUGAUUAUGAACUUUAAAAUUUUACUCUUAAUGCUGUCAUUUUAACAAUUUUUUACUUUCUUCUUGUUGAAUUUUAUCUUCUAUGUAAAAUACCAUGGCGAGGAAAAAAAAAUUGGAAGAUUACAAAUCUUUGUUUAUUAUCUUAUUUAUCUUUGUUUAUUAACGUUAUCUUAUUGUUUCACGUAAGUUGAUGAACAAUUUACAACUAAUUAUAAACUAUAGGAAUUCAUAUAUUGCGUACUGCAUUAAGUUAUUAAGUUGAACGUGUAUUGUAAUUACUCAGAUCGUAAUAUCGUACAGCACCAUACCCUGGCCCGUAGGCAGCUUCAGCCAAGGGGGGGUUCAGGGCGUGGGGUCCAGGGGCCCGCCUAAGGUGGGGUCAAGGGGUGAAGUCCUUGUGGGGGCGGGGUCGAAGCCCCGAAGCCGGAGCCUUUUUGCACUGUAUAUGUAUGUAUAUGUAUAUACCAACCACAAAAUUAGGCCCUACACGUUUAAAGACAAACAGUUCCUGAACAAACAACUCACCAAUAUUUCCAAAGGUUACAUUGUAUAUUGAAGAAAUUAAAACUAAUUACAAAAAUAAAAAUUUAUCUUGUGCACAUAUCCACUUGGUACUCAACAUUCUAGUAACGAGGAAAUGGAAAAUGAAUGCUUGGAAUUAGCCCUUGGAAUGUCAUAAAUUAACAUGAAAAAAUAUAGCAGAAGAAACAAUAAGGGGAUUGGCUGUUUCAGAGGUGUAUUUCAGGUGUGUUAGCCUUUCUCUUCAUUGGCAAUGUUUUUAUAUGAUGUUUUUAUGAAGUAUUUGUUGCCAAGAGAGUUUGACUAAGAAAAAAAAUACUACAGCUUUGUUUACCAGCACUUUGAAGUCCUCAAUGAGGGCGCUAGUUGAUUAGAUCCAGUAAUAUUCUGCUAUGCAGCAUGAGUGCAAUUUGUAUUGUGGAUGUUUAUUGUGAGCCUUUUGUUUAACAAUUAUACGUACACUAGAACCCGUCAUUUAAUUCUUGACACGCGUGUGUGUUUUGUACAUAAAAUAAGAACUUUAUUUAUGACAACAGUGACAUGAUUAUACGUUCGUAAAAUCGGGAAUUCGUAAAUUCAGGGUUCGUAAAUGAGGGAUUCGUAAAUGAGGGGUUCUACUGCACUUGCUACACAAUUAAUUAAUUAAUGUCGAAGUGUUUAAGUGAUAUACAAUAAGACAAACAAUAAUGUAUCAUACCUUGUAAGAUAUCAGCGUUCGUGAUAGAUGGAGCGUAAUCUGGUUCGUUCUGGAAAAAAAAUAAAGGAAUAUGACUAUCAUGCUAAUAAAAUACUCCUAAAAUUA